GCACUGCUUCUGAUCUGAAGAUAAGUCUUGACAGAAGAAACUUUUAAAUGGGAUCACAAGAUUCAGGGAACAAAAUUCGAAGGAAAACUCAGUAUGGCGCUACGGAUUCACCAAAGCUACAGGAGGACCAAGAGGACCAGGAUCAAACCUACUUGGAUGAGAGGAUCGCGAUUCCAGAUGUUGGUGGGUACGGUUUCAGUUUCAGAAAGCUUUGGGCUUUCACUGGGCCAGGAUUCCUCAUGAGUAUUGCCUACCUGGAUCCAGGAAAUAUUGAAUCAGACUUACAAUGUGGUGCUGUUGCUGGCUUCCAACUGCUCUGGGUCCUGCUUUGGAGCACAAUUUUGGGUCUGCUCUGCCAAAGGCUGGCUAUCCGGCUUGGGGUAGUAACAGGCAAGGACUUAGGAGAGAUAUGUUAUCACUACUAUCCCAAGGUCCCACGUGUGCUACUCUGGAUUAUGAUCGAAAUUGCUAUAAUUGGUUCCGAUAUGCAGGAAGUGAUUGGAACGGCAAUUGCAUUCAACCUCCUUUCCGCUGGACGUAUCCCUUUGUGGGGUGGAGUCUUGAUCACAAUUGUGGACACCUUCUUCUUCCUCUUCCUGGAUAAAUAUGGUCUCAGGAAGUUAGAAGCCUUUUUCGCCCUCCUCAUUACUAUCAUGGCAGUAACGUUUGGCUAUGAGUAUGUCGUUGUAAAACCUGACCAAAAAGAGGUGCUGAAAGGGAUGUUUAUACCUUACUGCAAGAACUGUGGACACGAGCAGCUUCUGCAGGCUGUGGGUCUGGUUGGAGCCAUCAUUAUGCCCCAUAACAUCUAUUUACAUUCUUCCCUUGUCAAGACCCGAGAAGUGGAUCGCACCAACCAGAAAGCAGUGAAAGAAGCAAAUAUGUAUUUUCUGGUUGAAUCCACCAUUGCACUCUUUAUUUCCUUCCUCAUCAAUCUCUUUGUCAUGUCUGUGUUUGGCCAGGCUUUUUUUCAACACACCAACCAGGAAGCGCAUGAUGUCUGUGCCAAUCAGAGCUUAUUCUUGAAUCAGAGCAUUUUCCCCAACUUUCCUGAAAAUAAUGAGACUGUGACUGUGGAUAUUUUCCAAGGGGGAAUUAUCCUGGGAUGUUACUUUGGGCCCAUUGCUCUUUAUAUCUGGGCUGUUGGGAUCCUUGCAGCAGGUCAAAGUUCAACCAUGACAGGAACCUAUGCAGGACAGUUUGUUAUGGAGGGUUUCUUGCAACUGCGCUGGUCUCGCUUUGCCCGUGUGGUCUUCACUCGUUCCUUCGCCAUUCUUCCCACCGUCUUUGUCGCUGCCUUCAGGAAUGUGGGAGACUUAACCGGCCUCAACGACCUUCUGAACGUACUGCAGAGCAUCCUGCUACCUUUUGCCGUCAUACCUGUUCUCACCUUCACCAGCAUGGAACCGCUCAUGAAGGAUUUUGUCAACGGGAUCAUUGGAAAAUUUCUAAUGAUCCUGAUCACUGGAUUAAUCUGUGCAAUCAAUUUAUACUUCGUGGUGACAAGCAUCAUAAGCCUAAACUAUCUGGCAUACUACAUUGCCAUAUCAUUUGUGCUCCUCGCUUACGUGGCCUUCGUCUGCUACCUGAUUUGGACCUGUCUCAUUUCCCAUGGAGCUGCCUUCCUGGCUCGUGGGCCCCAUACUCGGUUCGGUUAUGGACUGCAGUGAUAGUACAUCCCACUCAUCCCCACUGGAAGCUGAUGAAUCAUCACUAUCUCUCCCCAACAAAACAGGAAGCAGCUGCUCUUGGGGACCUGCCAGGAGGCAAAGGUGUCAGAAGCACAGUUUCUGUUGGCAAAGGAUGAACUCUAGCAUCAGUAGUGAUCACUCAGCAGCACAGCACAGUGCCUGCCUUGCAGGCAAAAAGUUCCAGGGACAAUUUCUGGCAUUCCUAAAGAACCUUCAGACUUGGAAUGGCUGUGGUGUAACUUCCAGAGAGGGUUCAAGACCUGAUGCACUCUUGUUUUUAAUCCUGACAAUAUGUAGCAAGUUGGCAGCAGGGGGGGGGGAGUACAAAGAAAGAACUAUAAAGUAUUCUAGAUACUCAUGACCAACUUCUACCAGCUUCAGACCCAGAUCGGCUUUGUGUGGAACAUCAAGACAUGCACUUCAGUAGUGGGUGGGAAGCAGUCCUUCUUUUGGGUAGGUGGGAUUAGGAACUUAAAGAAUGGUGGUAAAGAGACAUUUUGUGAUUUCACCAUUGAUGAGGUCACAAAGAAAUGCUGGGAAUGCACAUAUCCCUUUGGUUCUACUUUUGCACCAUUGCCAUAGACUUUCUCCUUCAAGCUGCAUAUUCUGGCCUCUGCUCUGACUAUGGGAAACCCAUCAAAGCAAUAUGUACCUUAUAUUUAUACUGCAGGAUCUGGCAGCUAUUCCUUCUUUGCCCCCAUUUUAAUCUAAAGGCCAGUAUCAGAGCCUACAACUGACAAUUCCACAAGCCCACACUCUGGUCAAGGAUCCACUGUAGAUCAACCAUCUCUCUCCAUCUUCUCCAUGUUAUUGCUGCUUGGCUUCUGCCCUCAGGAUGAAAGUAGUAAUGGGAAUGACAAAUGGAGUAAUAAAUCAUCUUAAUUAGAACAAG